AGCUCGUGCAACGACCUUGAGGCGCAGUCCGAGUGCAACCGCGCCAACGAUCAAGUGACCGACAUGGUCAACUCGGCCGGCCGCAACGCCGAUCUCUACCUCGAAGGCCUUCUCUUUAAGAACGCAUCCGUGACGCCGGCGCAAGCGUCGUACCUCCGGUCCAAGCUCUCGGAGGCCAUGGAGUGGGGCAAGCCCGUCGGCGACUGCGCGAAUGGGCUCACGACCGACACGCACCUCGCGACGAUCAACGACAUCUGCUUCUCAAUGCCGCUCUUCCAGCAGUGCGACGCGCUCGCAAAGUCCGUGCCGCAGUACUUUAGCAACAUCCACAACGUCCUCUCGGAGCGACUGCUCAACAGCUCCGUGUGA